AGUUCACUGUCACGUUGACAGUGGAAGGAUUAAGAGCCUAUGGGUGUGUGUAUUUCGGAGGAUCUGUUUUCCCUCUAAUAUCGAAACUGAAGGGUGCUGGGGACGUUUGUGGUAGGGAGCAGUUUAGAUCUGCCUGUAACAACCCCUCUGCUAAGAAAUACCCGCGAAGAGCAGCUGCUGCAAUCCACACAAUUGGCUCAGGGGUUGGUCUCCAUGAGCUGGUUGAGACUAAUCAAGCUACUCGGACCAAAAAGAAGAUAGCAGGCAUCUGUAUGACCUAACCAGGAAGUGUAACAAUCUAGUCAAGAAACCAAAACACCAAAAGAUCAAGAGAAUGGCAGAAAAUGGAGACCAGGAUCCUCAUCAGACCUAUCUGGCCCAAGAAUUGAUGAGAAGAAAGGAGGAGAGGACUCCCCAGGUCCAAGAAGGUGAAAAUGUAUUGAGGACCCACCAAGAAAAGAUGAUUGAAGAUUCUGGCUCUGUCCAACUGAAAACCUCCUUAGAAAUAGAAACGCUAGGUCCCCAAGAGACAAACAGUGUGUCUGGAAGCUCCUCCGCAGUAGAUGAAGAGGAUUCCUCAGAGGGAAGGCCAGUGAGUUCUGAUGGAAUUUCUCUGAAAACAUACACUAAGGAGUCUCCAGGCCUUCUGAACCUUAACCCAAUGGGUUUACCAGACUAUUCCCUGGACAAAGACACAGUAUCUUCCUUCGGUGAAAGGAAAACACAUUCAGUGCCAGUAGCUCUGGAGGAGAAAAUCACAGGGGAACCCCCAACAGAAGAGAACAGUGUAUCCACCCCCAGUGCAGAGCCACAAGAUCCCAUAAUCCAAGAAACCACACUUUCAUCUGCAGACUUCCUGGAAUCAAUGAAAGAGAGUAUCUCAAACAAGGAAGAAGAGAGACCCCAAGACACUGCGCGGAAGAGACACUCGACUGAAGUGGUGAAGUCAGAGGCUGAAGCCCAUCCACAAGAGACAGAGACCAGGCAGGAAGCAACACCAGAGAAGGAGAAGCCCUUUUUAGGCAAUGGUCUUGCCUCUCCUGCAGCUUCACUGGGAGUCCUGAUACUUGUAGUUUGUCUCAGCAUAUAUUGCAAUGGCUACUAUACUUCCCAGCCCGACCAUGUGCCAAAAAAUCCAGCCUUGGAGGCCUUCUUGUCUGGGUUUAACCAGCUGAAGGACAGAUUUCCGGGCCAGAGCUCCUAUCUGUGGGUUAGAGGGCGAAAAUUAUUGCAGAGGCAUCUCAACGCUUCCAGUCAUACCGAGCCAGCUAUUUUAAUCUUUACUGCUGCCCAUGAAGGUGAAGAAACCUUAAAGUGCCUGAGCAACUGUAUUGCAGAUGCCUACUCCACCUCACUCCGUGCCAGCACGAUCCAGAUUGACGGAGCUGGUAAAGCCGCGCUCAGCAGCGACAAAGCUAAACUGGAGGUGGAUUAUGAGCUGAGCACCGGCUUUGAGGAGGGCAAGAGGGCCGCAGUGGUGCACCGGUUUGAGUCCCUGCCAGCUGGCUCCACCUUGAUCUUUUACAAGUAUUGCGACCAUGAGAGCGCAGCCUUCAAAGACGUGGCGCUGCUCUUAACGGUCCUGCUGGAGGAAGAGAAGCUGGAGGCUAAUAUGGACCUACAGCAGGUUGAGGAGAGAGUCCGUGAUUUCCUCUGGGCCAAAUUCACCAAUGCCAACACUCCCAGCUCCUACAACCACAUGGACACCGACAAGCUGAGUGGGUUGUGGAGCCGCAUCUCCCACCUGGUCCUGCCCGUCCAUCCAGUAAAAGCCAUAGAGAACAAUGGCUGUUCUUUCCAAACCAAACCAUAGAGGUGAAUGAAAUCAGCUUCCACGAUAGCCAAAGCCUUCAUGUUGAGGAGGCAAGUCACUACUAAGUCAGGGAUCUGGAGCCAUUAAUGAACAAUGAGCUCACUUUAUAAUAGCAUGACACUGUCACAUCUAUUUUUACCUCUUGGGAAGAUUUUAUAAUUUUCAAAGUGAGACCCAAUGGUGCAGGCGUUAACUGGCUAAGCCGUCUCAGCCAGUCGUGUUGGAUAUACACUAGAAUGAUGCUUCCCAUUUGUGGAGUAAUAGAUGGGAAGAGCUAAUGCUUUAAACUGCUAACUGCACAGCUAGAAGAUGAUGGCCAAUGGGGGGAAUAGACAGGGAGGGGAGUGGUUAUUGAAGGGACAACAUCACCUUGACAAGCAGAUUCCUCCUGGAAACGAUUGGACCUACUAUAGAUACAUGUAACACAGGAGGUUACUAUAACUGACAGAAGCAAUUAAGUUGAAAUAUUUAUCUCCUCUCCCCCCUCCCCCGCCCUAUUUGUUUACAUUUGACAGCAGUUUGCAAAAGGUGAUUUCAUUGUUUCCUUUGCAGUGUCAGUUUCUUUCUCCCUGACUGAAAGAAACGGGGGAGCAGAACACCCCAGUUAAAAAUACUUCAGAGAUAUUUUAAAAAGAAAAUUAGGAUAUACUGGCCAGAGCCUUAGCUGCUGUAAAUCAGCACAGCUCCCUGAGAAUCUGGUUCACUGUAUAUAGGGUGUUCAACCAGAAAUGGCAAUUUUAAAAGUAGUAGUCAAUUAAAAAAAAUAUCAGGUUGACAGUGGUUCUAAGGACUCCUCCUGCAGGGGAGGAGGGGAGUAUGCUGAGAAAUUCCACAGGGAGACUUUGAAAUCUGAAGGUAUUAUUGAAGUAGCUACUUCAAUCUAAUCUGAAGCCCUUGUACAUGGAAAGGUGCCAAGUCUCCCAGCUGCUGUGCAUCUCAAGAUUCUUAGAUUUGUGUGACGAUGCUGCAUUUCAAGUGACACUAUUUGGUAAUGGUUAAAGGAGAGGCCACUCUGAAAGCGGGAGAAGGAGAAGAAGGAAAAGUAGCAGGUAGGGAACGGAAGGAGCAGGGGAGUAGUAAUGGGAGAGAAAAGAUUGAUAAAAUAUUGAUCCAUAUUAUCUAAGAAGGGAACCUGUCAGAUCAAAUCUGCCCCCAAACUGUAUCAGACAAAACCUAAAACCAAACUAGAUUUUUCCAGGAUUUUUUAAAAAUGCCAGUGGAAGGCCUUUCUGAACCACAAAUAACCCUGUGCAGUAUUUGCAAACCAAGGGCCAGAUUCCGGAUCCUCUUGCUCAUGUUAAAUAGAACGAGAUGUCCCAUUGGUGCAGUUUGGCGAUGGAGAUGACUUUGCCAGCUUUCCACAAGCAGAGAGUUCCACAGGCCAUCUCCAUCCUCUUAGCCCACUUUGCACUGGUUACAUAGUGCACAGGGGACUUAUCACACUGGAGCAUCUGGCCCAUUGACUUCAGAGGGACUAUUUGAUGGAGCAAGGGACUAUUCAAGGUGAGUCAGAGCAUCCGAACCCAGCCCACAUCAUUGUGUUUGUGCAAGAGAACCUGAAAACGAAACUAACUAGAAAGUGAUUUCAUUGUCCAAACUGAGAGAAAUGCAAGAAGGUAGUUAACUUGAUGGUGUUAAAACCAGAUUAGAUUUUUAAAAUUCAGUUAGAUUAUUUAAACUAGGAUGAUACUUAAAACACAGGUGAAGGAAGGUUGUUGCGUUGGUUUUUUUAAAAUGUUUAACUUGACAUAACCCCUGUCAAGGCUGAAUCCCCCCUCUGUCACCUGAGUGCAGAAGGUGGGGGCCCACAAGGAUUCUAAAAAUUAAUACUUGCCACACCAGGCUUGUAUUAAACUCCCAAGGUUACAGCUUUUCUUUGACCUUGGCUUGGUAAAUGCUGCCGCCACCCAAAUGCAAAAAAACUCCCUUGGACCCAGGAAGGAGCACUUGGGAAUUUCCUCCCUGUGAGGUAUCCUCAAGCCCUCCCCCAGGGUAAGAGUUGAGAAAGAAAACAAAGGAAAUUUAGCUGUUGCUACCAGCUAAUCAAACAGCAUAUGCACAAAUCUCUUAGGACAGCGAAAAUCCAAUCCUGUUCUUAAAAAAGGUAAAUUUUAUUACAAACAAAAAAAAAGAAAAUACAUCAGGAACUUAGGCUUUUGCUAGAUUUUAAAAGAGAAAUUCCAAAAAUCAAGCACCCAAAAUAGCUUUUUUGGGGGUUCAGCUUAAAGGUUACAAGCAAACAAAAGCAUCUGGAGUUAGCACAGAGAAGUCUACAAGCCAAUAAGAAAUAAAAGAAAUAACCCUAAUCGCGUCUUUUUAGACAUUCCCUAAUUUUACUUACAUAUCUGUGGCUUCAGAUAAGUAGGUUGGAGGUAUGAAUUGAUAAUCUAUAAUCAUACCUGGCUUAAAGCUGUUUACAGCAUUGCUGCUCCGUGUUCCUGCAGCCUGGAGAACAACUGACAAAGGGAAAGUUUCUUUUCCAAUUUUAAAAAGUUUUAUCUUCCCAUUGGCUCUUUUGGUCAGGUGCCCACUCCUUUUCUUUUACCUGUAGGCUAGUUAACUCUUUACAGAUAAAGCAAGCAAAGAACAGACACCAAGAGGAAUUUUACAGCUAACUGGCUGGCUGGGUGUCCAUUAGGGAGCUACCCUCCACACCCUUCAGUUAUCACACCUUAUGGACACCAAGCCAGCCAGUUAUCACAGCCCCUUUAAAAGAAAAUAACUUUCAGGAGCAAGGCUGUAAUGGCCUCUUUGUGUCACUGGUGAUGUCCCAGGCCACUCACACUCUGCUCCUUGCAAAAUCUUUUCCCUCAUCCUUUAUCUGUACAGAGGGGACCUUCCACCUGCACGCCUGCUCCCUCCCAUACAGAAGGGGAAGUCGCAGCCACCACUGUAGCAGUGUAUCCCCAGAUCCUGUGGAUGUUCGGGGGACAAGAAGGUGGAAGCUGGAUGGGGACAGGAGAAAUUUGGGAAGGGCUUUUCUCAGGAAGAUUUCCUCCCCCACCAGAGCCCUGGGAAGGGUGAUCGGCCAAUGGUUUGUAAUGUCACUGGUAACAGCAAACAGACAUAAUAAUCUUGUAAUUCACAGUUGCCUCCAGAUCUCUCUAUAAAUAGCUUUUAUGAUUAACUUUUAUUUCCCUAGACAUUUGUUAAUAGAGGUAUUUAUUUCAGCCCCUAUAGGACACGUUGCAAUAGGAUCUCUCUGCAUGGGGAGAGGUCACCUCACCAGCCCGUGGGAACAGCCACUCAGAGUAAUAGGAGUGCUUCAUAUGGCUGCGGAACUGAGUGCAUUGAUGGGUGGUAACAAGCUAAUACUUUAUUCACUGUUUGAAAGCUUAUGGAUCCCCAGCUUGGUGCACACCAAUGCAUUAUUGCACAUCAUCUUCUGUCCAUAACAUAGGGAGAGCGUGAGCCACUUUGGAGCAUGUUACGUCCACAGGUACUGAUGCAUUCUGGAAAGAGUCUAGAGAAGAGCUACUAAACUCAUGCUGGAGGGGACUCAGGGUACUAGGCUAAAACUCUUAAGGCCCCAAUCCUGCAAUGAGAUCUCUGCAGGCAGACUCCCUGCACCUGUGUGGGUACAGAGAGUCUGAUUGUACAGAUCACAUUGCAAGAUCAGGGCCCAAGUCUCUUCUGGUUGGAAAAGAAGAGGCUGUGGCAAGGAGUGGAGCUUACUUCCAAGUAUAACUGCCCAAAUGGAAGACGCGUUGUGAUGGGCGCAAUCUAUGUGUGGGCUGAAGAACCAAGCAAACAAGGUGAACUGCCCAAGACAGGCCUCACAAAGGCAUAGACUAUAUCUGAAUUAAGUAACAACAGGAAAAUGCUUGGACGCUCUGAGAUGGGUAACUUUGUAAAAUACCCUCUAAUGACUGUACACCAAUGCUGCCUGUGUCACACACCAGUGGUGCCUUGCUGAACCAUUCCAAAGGAAGACUAAGCUGACUCACAGCACAGCUCACAGUAUUCACUCAUUUCACUGCAGCCCCAGGGAUGCAGCCCCAUCUGCAUUUCCAAAUCUCAGGACUGAGACAGUGAAUUUUUGGGGGGUGGGGGGAAGAGCACAUGCCCCGAUUUUGCAUGUCUGCUUUUAUCCUUGCAAACAGAAUGCAUUGGAUGUGGCUUUUCAGCACGACCGGCCAUUUCAAGACAUGACUUGGGACUGUUGUUCAUUUUUCCAAAGUAGUUGGCAUUUUAUAUGUGAUCCAGUUCUUGUAUUGAAAAGCACGUGGUUUUCUCUCCCCUGCAGAAUGGAAAUAGGUUUUACUAUAGAAGGUGGGCUAGUGUUCUGAAGUGUUCCUUGGGAUGCAAUCAUCAUCCUAACACUCGGCUAUCCAGGUUUUAAGGAGAACAAUGAAUAACUGUGGCUGUAAAAAUUCUCUCUGUGCUGACACUCAGCAAACCAAGGGGUCCAGUCCAAGGAACGUUUUUGUACAAAAUCUGGGGUAGGGGGAACUUGGAUGCUUUUUACUUUUAAUCAAAGAAGUGCUCAACAAGGAAGCACUUUUUUGUUUUUCUGCGUGGCUUGGGAUUUAUUGUUUGCUUUGACUUAAUAAUCGGCAAGAGAGCAGUCUAUGGCGCAAGUUCAAUGAUUUGAAAAAAUAUUAACAUCUAAAAGUCAAGUGCCACUCACAGACAAUUUUAUGUAUUCAGUUUCUACUGCAUUGUCUUCUGUGCACUGGAAAGGAAUGAUUCUCAGGCACAUAAGGCACUGUGGACAAUGUGGCCCAUGAGCAUGAACCAGUCGAGUUAUUGCAGUGCAGAGAGAUUUUAUGCUUUUUUAAAGAAAAACUUCCUUGUGUUUCUUAAAGUCGUUCUUUAAAAAAAUACAUCAUGAGGUUGUAAAAGAACCCAACAAAGACUUAAAUGUUGGACUGAAGCCCUUGUCUUUUUAUAAAUUGUUCAUAUAUUUCUAGUGAGUUUUAGUGCACACACAGGAUAAUCUGUUGUAUAGGACAGAGCCAUACUUAGAGGUCAGGACAGGUCCUAUGCUAACAUAGCCCAUCUCAACGCUUGAUCCAAAGCUUAGUGAAGGUAGAGUGUCUUUCUGUUCUGGAUCAGCCUCUGACUGCAACUGAGCAUGGGUAGACCAUUGUGCUUACGUGGAGUUUCAUUGAGUCACUGGGAUUCCAUGUGGGUGGAUGGGGAAGGCUAGUGUAUUGCUUCCCUGCAACACCUGCCCUCAGAUAUUGCAUGCUUAACACACUCUGCUCUGUCUUUUUCUGUCACACUGGUGGCAGCAGUCAGCAUUAACUCUAUAUUUUGGGGCUUGGCUUCUAGUCCAGUCUUAGCAAACUAUACACUUGAAGCUUGUGCAUUUGUAUUCCAUAGAUUCCAAAGAAUAUGCCCUUUUCAUUCAGAUGGUCAAUUACCAAAUGUAAACCUCAGUCAUUUACUCUGGUCUUCUGAUGUGUGAUGGAGGAUUCAGUAACACCCUCACCAGAGAGAGAAACCUGGAGAUAAGACAGACAGAUGGCUGAAGAGGAAUACCUGGGACCCCCUCCACUGCUGAUUUAAGGCAAUCAUGGCCUUUCCACGGGACUUCUAUGGCUUUGGAGCAGGCAGUUGCUGAACCCAGCAAUCCCGUGCAACACUAAAUCAGCUUGUAUUUGAAAGCCAAUGGGAAACAGGGCAACUGAAGCAGCUUUAUCAGCAACUAUGGAGGGGCUCCAAGAUAGUCGUCUUUGAGCCUGCAUGCACUGGUGUUUUUGAACUCCUGUUUUCAGAAAGCGCACACAUCAGUUGGACUCUCUCAUGCUGUUAAUAUUAUCAUCAGGGACCUGAACCUCUGUUCCAAUAAAAGUGUUGAACUAGAAAUGUGAGUGGCGUCUAUUGUCGAACAGAAACAUUCAAGGCAGGGCAGGUGACAUUGGAAGAUUCUAUAUGGACUUGUGAGAUUUCACAGCUGUGGAACCUGUCUGAACUUUUCGGGCCAGAUUCAGGGAAAGAUAACGGGCUGACUAGGUUUUCACCUGGUGUAAGUCAACAUUGCUCCGUGACUUCAAUGGCACUACACAGAUUUACGCUACCUGAUGGUCUUGCUCAUUGUCUUUUAUGUUUUAAACAUAUUCAGGAAAAAAACAAACCAUCAUCAACCAAGUGGUUUCUGAUUAUUUUUAAAGACAGAUUUAAAAGAUUUUGCAGGACUAUGAUCAUGGAAGCAAGAGACAUCGAGCACUAACUAGAACAAAGGAAGUUCUUAUGCAAGCUUCCUCUGCAUAACAAGUAUAGAUAUCUAGACACUUUGAAAUUAAGAAUUUAUUUUUAAUCAGAUUCUGAAAACAAUUAUGGGAUGAUAGAGUUGUCUAUUAGAACAGAACAGUGGGAGGCCAAAGACCUGAGUUCUACUAUCAGUGUUCUGUCACUGAUUAACUCUGUAGCCUUGGGCAAGUCACGCAUCUUUGGCUCAGUUUCCCUAUCCAUAAAAUGGGGAUAAUUACAUUGGUAGAUUGUUUGGAGCAAAUUGAGUGAAAGGCAUUAUACACUGUAAGUGCAAGGUAUCACUCCUAUAGGACUGGAUCCAAACUCACUGCAGUCAAUGGAAUGAUUCCCAUCAGUUUCAGAGGGUUUUGUAUCAGAUCCGUGGCCAUUUCAGAACACGAUUUUUCAACGUUUACAAAGCAACAGACUUGUAUGACUAUCAAGCAAUGUGUGUGUCCAUAAUCUUGUUUAAAUCUGUAAAAACUGAAAAUAAGAACCUCCUCCUUCUAGGAGCUGCCCUCACACUGUGUCAAUGCAUCUGGUAAUUCACGUGCUAUAUUCCUUGGACCGAAGUCCUUCUGAGUAAGGUCAAACCUGCAAUUGGUGGGGUCACGCAGAGAGGUUCCCUUGGACACUUGACUCUCAUGCAUGGAGUAUGGAUGGAUAAGCCCCUAUGUUUUCAGUUUGAACAGAUUUUUACCAAAAAACCCUGGGUUUUACAAAAGGUAUUAUUUGUUUUUUUCACCGAUUUCACCCUACUUUUGUGUCAUUCAAAUAUAUUAAAAAAUAACUUGUUCUAUUAGGAAAAUACAAUACAUUGCAUGAUAUACAUGUAUUACAAUAAUACAUUAGUCUGUGUGUAUAUGCAAAGCUGCCUGUUGAAGUAAGGCGAUGUAUUAGUCUAGAAGAGACACACAAUAAACAGGCACGCUUGCAAGCUCCGAAGUGCAUGUGCAUCUGAACGUUCUGGUGAAUCUCACACCCACCACGUACACAUUUCAAGCUGUUAGCAGAUAACGGUUUAAAGAUUUGACACACUAAAAUUGGAAGAAAAUGAAAAUCUGUCAGAAUAUAUUUCAGAACACAAGGAAGUAUUUGAAAGUUUAAAAAAAAAACAGGAGAAAAGGAUGAAGUUGUGCUGCAAAUGAUGUGGCUCAAUUAUUAAAUGUAAAUAUAGAGGCUAAUAGUUCUAAGUCUACCACAGUAAACUGUUUAUUCAAAUGAAAAGUUUUAUUUGGGGCUUAGAGAUCUAUUGUUUUCUUUAACUCCGAGGUGGCAUUGUGCUUUGAGUUCUGUUUUAGUUCUGCAGCAAACCACACUGAAUUCCAUUCACCAAAGAUUUAAUCUACUAAAUAUGUUUUCCCUGUCCUUCCAUCCACCACAAUAAACCCCGAUAUUUACCCAGAAAAAUUAACAGUUUUAUGCACCGAUUUUCACCUGUUUUUGUUGUAGUAGUAAUAAACACAGAUAAAUUCCUGAGCAAAAUUAAAUAAAAACCAAAAACAAACAGCCCUCAUUAUGGAGUAACAGCUAUUUCAUGAUGAAAAAAGAAAAACACAGUCCAAUUAAUGUUUUUAUUCAUUCACACCUUUAAAGGCCUGAUCCAAAGCCCAUUGAAGUCAAUGAGAGUCUUUCCAUUGACUUCAGCUGGCUUUGGCUCAGGUCCUAAAUGACCAUUUCAAAUCAAAGUGAUGAACAUUCGCAUACCAUUAUCCCUUGAGUACCGGAAUUAGGCUUUCCAGAUAAGCUAUAUGAAGGGUAGCAGGUGCUGCAGAUACACCCAGUGCCUAGUGGUUAAAAGGAGGACAUGAGUACUUGGAAUGUUAAAUAGUUCCUUCUUCCUCUGGCCUGGAUCAGGGGAAACCUGCGGGGAAAUAAUGCCAUUAUUUGUUUCCUUUUACACUUGUGUGAGUUGCUAUAUAGUCUUAUAGAGAAAUACAAAAUCAGACGAGUCAGUGCUUAGACCGAAAGCUGUCAGCCAUGUGUGUCAAUACAUACAAAAUAACCACCAAGUCCUAAAUGAAAUUUAGGCCAGUUGGGUAAUCAGUAACAUUCCUAUGACAGGUUUCAGAGUAACAGCCGUGUUAGUGUGUAUUCGCAAAAAGAAAAGGAGUACUUGUGGCACCUUAGAGACUAACCAAUUUAUUGAGCAUUAUUUAAUUUAUUUAUUUAUUUACAAUUUAUUUGAGCAUUUCCUAUGACAGCAAAUAAAGUGUAAGUGCUCCCAGCUAAAAUGAAGGAGAUAAAGACCCUGAUUCUGUGGCUGUAGGACAAGUUUUUCACUGAGAAGCAGGCAGGGUAGAAGGAAAUGAUGCAGAAAUAGACAAGGUGGAGGAGUUAAGCUGAAGGGAGGGAGAUACAAAAAUGUGGUUAGUGUUGCUUGACUAAAUAUUAAUUCCAAAUGCUGAGAUCCUGCUGAUGGAACUCAAAUGGUGGCUCUUUAAAUACACAUUUUUACCACCAGAUGGCAUUGCUCUCCUUCAUAAGAAAACUGGUCUACAUGUCCAAGAAUGACCAAGAAAACUGUAGCAGGAUUAGAAUGCAGGUGCCCAUCCUUUCUAGGGGCAUACUCUGCCCUGUGAAGUAAAUGAAGGAGGACCUUGGACAGAGAUUCAAGCCACAUAAGGGGCUUAGACAUUCUCAGCUGCUUCAGAGGAAGAAUUUUUCUGGGUUUAAAGACAAUUUAUGUUUAAUAGUAUGUGUUGGGGGUUACUCUAAUAUAAAUGGUGGCUCAAACCACCAUUUAUAUUAGAGUAACCUCCAACACAUACUAGGUACUGUAUGUACCUACAGAAAGCCUUCAGGGAGCUUACACAACCUAGAAGGGCAAAAAACAGAUGACGGUUGGGGAAAGGAAGACAGUGUCGAGCGUAUGGCUUAUGUUAUCCAGGAGGUCAGACCAGAUGAUCACAGUGGUCCCUUCGGGCCUUGGAACACAUGAAUCUGUUAAAGUGUUUAGGGUGGUCACAGACACAGGUCUUGUUAGGUUAAUUUAAAAAAAUAUAUAAACUACUGCAAUUGUUCCCCCUUUUUUGCCAUUAUUCAUUAUUUGGCUUUGUUCUGUUAAAUGCUAACUUUUUUUAAAAAAAGUAAUUGUUAUUUGGUUUUUUAUAUUUGGAUGAUUCUCUGUUUCUUUUUUAAAUUGUACUGUUGCCUGCU